GUAAAAAGUAAUUUAUAAUAAAAAGCUGAGAUAAUGAGGGAUAAACAAAAUCCUAAAGAGACAAAAACUCAAUCAUCAAAUUCAACCAAAAAAAAGUGUUGUGUUCCAAUGUGAAUAAUAAACUGAAGAAAAAAAAGUUAAAAGGCUUAAGUAAUUAUGAUUCGUCAAUUAUAGAAAAAGCUUUAAAAGCAAUAGAAGACAUAGAGCUGUCCUUGAGAAAAGCUGCUGCUGUUUAUGGAGUACCGAUUGCUACCUUUGUUAGAUGAAAAAGUAUUAGUCCUGAGAAGGCAAAAAUUAGAACUGAGCCAGCGACAGUAUUAUCUUUAAAAGAAGAGGAUGUUAUUGUUCAGUUGUUAUUCUACAGAGCAGCAAUAGGGUCACCUGUGACGAAAACUGACUUAUUAAAGAUGUAUUACAAUUUGUUAUCAUCUUAGACAAUCAUUCUAAUGUGAUAAACUGUGAAUAAAAUAAUUUAACUAAUGAUAGACAACUUUUUACGGUUACAUAUGAAUCGAGUCAAGUUAGUCUUCAAGAAUCAUUAACUGAUAGCAAUAAUGUAAUACGAUGCCCUUCUAAAGACUUUAGUGAACACAGCCUAAUUGAUCAAACUAUCUCUACUGAUGAUACAAACUUAGAUAUGUCUGUACAGCUCAGAUAGAUUACAACAGAGCUCACAAAUAUUCAUCCUACAAAUCCUAUAAACAACAAAAUUUAUCAAUUAGAAUUUAUGAAAGAAAAUUUGGAUCCUACGCCUGCAAUGAUUGACGAACAUCGUUUUAUUCAUAAGUUUUCAUCAAUAAAGUUUCCUAAAAUUACCGAGUUAGCCUUAAAAUCAAAGUAAACAAAAUAAUUUUACAAACCGACGAUGAUUUCCACCAAAUCAUCAAAUAGUUUUCUCGAAACCCGUAACUUACAGAGAAGAAAUGUUACCGGUAAGAUUGCACCUGGUUUUUAUAGUGCUAGAGGGCACAGUCUUCUCGAACUCGCGAAUCCUCGGGGAAACUCGGGAGUUCAGGCCGGAGGAACUCUGGGACCACGUUUGGAUGGUCGAUCUUUCCUUGGAUCGCACUGAGGACAAUAGAAAGACAUUGUUCCACUGCGUAGGUGCGCUCAUACAUGAACGGGCUGUUCUUACCAGUGCCAUGUGUCUCAAGAGAUCACUUCCACUAUCUAAAGAAACCAAAGUUUACAUCUUCGCCGAAAUCCUAGACGAUUCCCGUCAAUCAACAAACCAGCAAAUCUAUGCGAUGGAAAAUGUAACCUACCACAAUUUCCAGAAAAAUUACGACGCAAAAAAAUUCGACUACGGCCUAGUUAUCCUCUACGACAGAAUAAUCCACGACGCCUCCAGUAACUCCAAAAGCGGAAAAAUUAUUCCAGUCGCAAAAUCUUCCGAUUUCAACGACAUCGACUUCAGAGAGUGCUUAUUGACCUCAAUCACAACCCGCCGAAAGAGGAAGUGCCAGGUCGAUUUCGAGUGUAAGAUGACCAGUAAUGUGCUAGACUGCAAAACAAAGGCAGGGGACGGAGUUUUGUACGAUUCCGGAAGCCCAGUAAUUUGCAGGCGAUUCACCAAUCACGAGUGGGUUUUAAUUGGAUUUAUUUCCAAGUACACUCGCUUCGUUUUAGAGACCGAGAGAGAGAUUGAUGAUGAAUAUGACGACGAAGAAGAAGUGGAAGAAAAAUUCAUUCCUAUUUACACGACCAUUAUUCCAAUCGGCCAUGGGCUAACCUAUGAAGUAAUCGACAGAGUAAUGAAAACUCAGUAUCGAGUCACACCCUUGCGACCUUCAACCCACUCUGGAAACACUCUGGGUUCAGAGUCAUAGUGAAAACAUACUGAAUCCAAUGUGUUUCCAGAGUGGUUUUGUGCCUUGAUUUUAGAGUAAAACCAGAGUGGUUCCAGAAUUUAUCCAGAGUGGACCAAAGUGAAUUUAGAAUAGAUCCAAAGUGGGUCCAGAAUGAAAUCAGAGUGAUUUCAGAAUGAUAAAAAAUAGUUUUCAGUAUGGACUCAAAUUUUUCCCAAAGUAAAUCCAAAGUGUCCCCAAAAUAAAAUCAAGUAGCUUUCAAAGUGGAUACAAAGCAUAAUUUUAAUUGAUUACAAAAAAGAUUUACUUCAAGCUGUUACAU